CGUGGGCAAACUGUCCACCGUCUCCGCUGACCGCAAGCCCAGCUCCCCACUCCGCCACCCGCCCCAACCAUCCGACCCGCCCUGGCCGUCACACGAGACGCGCUGGUCAUUCGACAGCAACGUCAGCUCCGGUCAGCAACAGCAGCAUCAGCAUCAGCAGCAUCAUCAUGACAAGGUCCGGUCGGCCGGCCAUAGCCACAGUCACCACUCCAGCCACCACCAUCAUCAGCCUGACCUUGCGGCCAACAUGAGCAGACGGAGGUCGGAGGGUCAUAACCUCCUCUCCUCCUCCUCCUCCUCCUCUUCUGCUCGACAGUCGGGGCUGGCGAGACAGCAGCAACAACCACAACCACAACAACAGCAGCAGCAGCAAUAUCCGUACUCCCAACAGCCGCCUCUGCUGUCUAUGAAAUCCUCCCCGAACCUGACUCAGCCCGAGGACGACGGGGAGGGGGUGGUGGAGGGGCAGAGGGCUCACCUCCCAACCGGCUCCCCGCGGGACAAACCCCACAUGACCUCCACCAAGUCCACGCCCAACAUUCCCGAGGAGUACACCAGCUCGUCGCUAUGGCAACAGCGCGAGAUGGGCGGGGCGGGGGCUCCUGCGUCAUCAUCAUCGUCCUCCACUUCCUCCGGCGGCAUGCCUCGCUCUGUGUCCGCUUCCGGGUACGGCUUGAGCGGCGCGGGCAACGCCCACAGGACUUCCGGGCCGGGGGAGGGCAAGCUUUACAGCGCCGACAUGUACACCUCGGAUAUGAACCCCAACCGUAAAGGCGGCCGCCGCUCUAUGCCAGCGCACAACCUACUGCGCUACCAGCCGGACUACGAGAACGUGAGCCACCUUGGCACGGCGCCGCUGAGGAGUGAGAAGAUCUCGGAGAUCGACGACAUCGACGAAGUCACUGGUCGUGACAGCCUGCCGCAGUCGCCCGACCCCAAACCCUACGACCCCAAACCCUACGACCCCGCCCUCUCGUCGUCCUCCGCCGGGGGUCAAGGCGUCCCGACCCGUGACCCCGCCAGCGUCAAGUACAUCAAGGUGAACCAGAACCACGAGAAGUACCCGUCCUGGCCCGUCACCAAGGCCAACGGCGCCUCGGACCCGACCCAGUCCAUCAACUCGCGGGCCCAGUCCAUGACGGACAACACCAACACCAGCAAGGAGUUCCCCAAGAAGCAGCGGCUCGCCUACACGCCCGGCCUGCGCCCCCUGGCGGAGAAAAGCAGCCCCACGGCCGAGCGGAGGGGCGAGGACGGUAAGGCGCGCAACAGCAGCGACCCGGGGUUCAAAUCCGAGUUUGUGUACGACCGCUUCGGCCGCGUGCAGAGACGGAACUACGAGAAUGUGGACAACCGAUUCGAGGAUUUUUACCUGAAUUCCAAACCGGGCUACCCCCCGCCCAAGAUGGAUUCCGACGGACACAAUAUCGAGGAUAAGGAUUACAACGCCCCCUCGCCGCCCGAGCGGGAUAGCGCGGGCGUAGACCAGCAGAGUCUGAACGUUGCCUUAGGAAAUGUGGGCCUGCAGGGUCAGAGGUCAAUAGGAGGAGUAGGGGAAGUUGUCGGCGGUGCCGGUUCCAGACCGCGCCCGACUAACCUGAACCUACCCUCAUCUGUCCGGGGUUCGAGUCCAGUUCUCGUCGACUCGGGCACAAGCCCUCUGGACAGCGGGUCACCUGGACGCCGUGAUGUAAGCAGGCCUGGCUUGUCCGGUUUGUCGUCACAAGGCCGGCCGUACUCCGGCGGCGGGGGAGACGCUACGUCACACGGUGCCUGGGCCGGAAAGCGGCUCGCUGACCCCUCGACCUCUGGACACUCCCCCGGCCACGGAGGUCAAUCCAUGAGGUCAGGGGCCGUCCCUGGUGGAGGUGUCCAGAGAGACAGACCCAGCUCCUACCAGGAGCGAGGCAACUCCCUCCCCGCCCGGCCCAGCCCGCAGAGCGAGGGGGUUUCUGGGAUCUCCAAGGACCGGCCGGGCUCUAUGCCCGCCGCCGCCAGCAGCCCCGGUGACAGAGGGGGUAGCGAGCGCGGGGACCGGGGCAAGGCGUACGUGGUCAAGUCCACGCCCUACUACAACACCAGCACCCAGACGGACAACAUGCUGCCUUACGCCGUCAAGAUGUCGGAACCCUACAGCUCUGUCAGUGGUCGGCACAGGAAUGUGGAGACACAGGUGGGAGAAUUCGCCACCCAGACGUCCCCCGUAUCACCAGCCGACCACAAGAAACAGUUCGGGGACAAAUCGGUCCAGGCGCGGAUGUCCCGAGACUUUCAGAACAGCGACCUUGACCUCGGCCCAGACAGAAAACCGUCGCCGGGUGACAUGGGCGGCGUGAAGAAGCCGGAGCACUUCCAGUACCCAGGUCUGUCGGGCCUGCCGGGUCUGAGCCACCUCCAGACCUCUCCCUUCCCGGGAAUCGAGAGCAUCCAGGCCAAAUACGCCACGGACGAGCCCUCAGACGAUGCCAACGGCGACAGCAACAACAGCAGCAGCAGCAGCAACAAGAACAACAACAACGGCGGUGGAAGUGGUGGUGGUGGUGGUAGCUCCCACAACGUCCUCCCCGCCUUCACCGACAACAGCGCCUCCAUCCUGCGCAAGCUGUCCGAGGAGUUUUACGGCACGCGUUACGGCCUCAUCCAGCAGGAGAAGCGCUUGCCGUCCAGCUCGUCUCAGGAGCCCUCACCGAGAUUCGAGUCCCACCAGCCGCCGGGUCUUCCGGGCUCGGGUUCGGGUUCGAGUUCGGUUUUCCUCCAGCCCGGUAUGCGCGAGGCCGAGUCGUACAGCAGCGUGGUCAUCCACCACAACGAGAGCGGCGGUCUCUUCGGCGGCCGGGACGAUUUCGGGUCCGUGUCCAGUGUAGCCGACUCCCGCCACGACCUGUCCGCCGUGCUCUCAGACUCCGGGGGAAGUUCCAGCUACAAGGCGGUGGACAUGAACGCCCCUCGCGGACGCCGCAGUCUCGACCCGGCCUUUUCGAGCAACAAGACUCGCUACCACAACGAGUGUGCCGCCGCGGCUAAGAUGUUGACCGGGCCCUACCACCACCAUCACCACCAGAGGGAGAACAGCGCUCCUGUCGUGUCUACUCGACUGGCCGCUGCCCAACCUCCUCCUCCCUCCUCCUCCUCCUCUUCCUCCUCCCCCUCCCACGCCAUCCCGCCUGUGGGCAGCAAGCCCCACUCACACGCACACGACCUGUCGGGCUCCGACCACUCCCACCCCCGCAGCUCCUCCUCCGAGCCCCGUUCCUCACACAGCACCUCUUUCGGCAGCCUCCUCGACUCACCCUCCAACCCCCCGGCUGCCUCCCAGCCUCACUCUACCUCCUCCACCACUUCUUCCUCUACGGGCACGCUGCACGGCGUAGCAGCCUCCUUACAGAACAAGAUGGCGGAGGAGAGCCGGCGUGGCGGUGGAGACUCGCUGGUCACGUCAGAGAACAGCGACCUGGACAAAGAGGAUGAAGUGUUUGAGGAUUUCGAGUUCACGCGCAAGCCGUCACUGCGUAAAGCGUACGGGAUCUACGACGAGACGGAGAGACUUAUCGCUCAAUCCAAACUGAGCGGGAAGGGCAACAAGGGAGCGGCUCAGCCUUCAGCUUCCGGAACAUUCCAGCAGUACCCGUCAUCGGCUUCCGGGUCGUCGGGUAACAGCAACAGCAGCGAGCCGGGUGUGACGUCAUCCAGCUACAUCAGCCGGAGCAUCAAGUACUCAGACUCGGCGGCGCUUGGUCAGAUCAAAGAGGAGACGGACCCUAGUGGCCAUGCAGCCGAGGAUACGUCAUCGCCCAGCGGCGGCCUUGACCCGGCGGGGUCCAGGGAGGGGCUGAGCCGGGCCGCGGGGAGACGCGAGGAGAAGCAGAAGUACGCCUGGCAGAACGAGGACUGGCUGCGCCGGUCGGUGGAGCUGCCCAAGGGGAGCAACCUCAAGCGGACCACCUCGGAGCAGAUUGCCCCGCCCAAACACGGCGGCUCGGAGCCCCUGAAGCUGUCCAGCUACGACACCGAGUCUGCGCUCUACUCCAACCGUCUCGUCGACAACAACGCCUACGGAGGCGGUGGCCCCCGCGCACACGGUUUCCACGCCUACGAAAACCGGGAGUUUGGCAUGGACAACAAAACCCUGGCCGGGGUAUCUUCCGGCCACUCUGAGGCCUCGCUGACCAGUGGUGGUCACUCCCGCGCCCAGUCCGAGGACCUCACACGACCGCCCAGCACGGAGGGAGAGCUGAAAAGACUCCAGCAGCAAGCCCUUCUCUCGUUCUAUCAGCGCAAGACCAACGCCACUGCCACAUCCCCCGUCCUUCCCCCAUCCCCUAGUGGCGCCAACUCCUUCAAAGACAGCGCAAUCUCCUCCCCCACCACCAUGACGUCAGCAACGUCCCCAGCCUCGGCAGACUCGUCUCUGUACGAGAGUAUCGGCGGUCAGAGAUCUCCCUCGGAGUCGGUGGCCGACAUUAUCUCUAAGGCUCACGAGAACUUAGCCAAAAGCGCCCAGCGCGUGGACAGCAUACGACGCUCCAACUCUUCCUCCUCCCGCGCCAGCUCCCAGGAGUACAUGGAGAUGGGGAGGCAUCAAGAGCGCAUGCGCAGAGAGACGGACUGGAGCCGUCUGCGCUCCUCGGGGUCUCUCCGGUACAGCCCGGACCACGAGAGGAGGUCCAACCGGAGCUCUUUCGCCUCGGAGAACCACUACGAGGAUAUCAGUGUGUUUGCUCCCUCCACGCCGCGAGGAUCUCUGGCCGAGAGUGCCAGCAUGGACGGCAGUCUAGUGGCGCCCACCUACCAGAACUUCCCCUCCAAGCGCCGCCCCCCGCCCCCCAUCCCGCCCCGCACGCCCAGCCCGGACACCACGCCCCCGGAACUUCCGCCCAGGAAGUAUCGGGAGACUUUGGCAAACUCCGCCGCCGGCUCCGGCCCGGCGGUACCGGAUCCGAAGAACCGGAUCGAUUCUAAGAACCGGUUCGACGUGAUUCCUCUUGGCAAGCAGAUCAAGCAACAGCAGGCGCUGCCCGGGCAGGAGGAGAGCGAGAGUGGUCAGGUAGACCACAGCAAGAGAGACUUCAGGAGUCUGAUGACCCAAUGGGAGAACAGCUCCCCGCGCGAAGACAAAUACGCUGCCGAGCUGAGGAAGCAGGCGCAAAGGUUGACCAGCCACCAGCAACAACAACAGCAGCAGCAGCAGCAACAUCAGCAUCAACAUCAGCAACAGCAGGUGAAUGCCACGCCCAUGUCGGUAAUGCACUCCCGGACUAAGAUUAAUUUCGCCACCACGUACAAACGAGAGCCUAUGGUCCCGCAAGAGGCCACUUCACCCGCGUCCUCCUCCUCCUCAUCCUCUACGACCGUGUCAGCAGCCGCCUCCUCCUCCUCAGCUGUUUCGUCUACUAUCUCCUCGCAAUCGUCAGUUGUUCCUUUUUCGUCGUCGUCGUUGUUACCGCCGUCGUCAGUCUCCCCCUCCUCCCACCACAACAACAACAUCAUCUCCACAACCUCCACUGCCGGUGCUUCCACCUCAUCGCCCCCGUCUUCCUCCUCCCCCUCCUCCUCAUCAUCUCAGCCCUCAUCGUCGCUCCCCUCAACCAAUGUGACCUCUCAGUACAGGCCAUACGCCUCCUCCUCUUCCUCCUCCAAAGACCCCCCUCCCCCGUCCCACACAUCCGUUCUCUCAGCAGGGGGCGUGUCCUACGUUGCCAUUGGCAACAACAACAACAACAGUAACAAUAACACUUCCGCUACGUCAGCGGUGCCGUCAUCAGUCAGUGUGCAGCCCGUGGCUCCACAGAUCGCCUCUCGGACGUUCCUCGCGGAAGAUUCUCGACUCCGGAGUAACUCGGACCUGUCUCCGGUCCACAAAACUCCCGCCAACUCAACCACCACAACCACAGGAAAUAUGGGUGGAGCCCAGUCUUCUGCCAAUCAAGCACUAGCCUCGCCCCGUGACAGGAGCGCGUCCGACCACGACAUUUUGGCGGACCGGAAAGGAGGGGGAGCAGGUCGCAACUACCACCAGCAACAGCAGCAGCAGCAACAA